UGUCAUUUGUCAAUGUCAGUUUCCAAUUUAUUGUCAAAAAUAGAUAAGUAAAUAGUCUGAUGUGGCUGAAAAAAAUGAAAUUAUAGAAUGCUUUUUGCAAUAGGUAUUUUAAGUUUAUAAUGUCUUGAUAGGAAAUUAUAUUUAGAAUGGCAUUCCAAAGUUUAAGAAAUGAAUACAUGAAUAUGCCCCCGGUAACGAGGGCUUAUACAACUGCUUGUGUUAUUACUACUCUAGCUGUGCAACUGGAAUUGGCGUCCCCUUUCCAGCUCUAUUUUAAUCCUAUUUUAAUUCUAAAGCAAGGCCAAGUAUGGAGGCUUGUUACUACAUUCCUCUUUUUCGGAACAUUUGGGUUCAACUUUUUUUUCAAUAUGAUAUUCACAUAUCGGUAUUGCAGAAUGUUAGAAGAAGGAUCGUUUAGAAAUAGAACAGCAGAUUUCGUAUUGAUGUUUUUAUUUGGAGCAGUGUCUAUGAUUGGAUUUGCCUUUUUUGUUAACUUAUUAUUCUUAGGUCAAGCAUUUACUAUAAUGUUAGUGUACGUAUGGUCAAGGAGAAAUCCAUUUGUAGGUUUAAACUUUUUUGGUCUUCUAAAUUUUCAGGCUCCAUAUUUACCAUGGAUCCUGCUAGCAUUCUCUGUACUUUUGGGUAAUGCGGUAUAUGUAGAUUUAAUGGGAAUCGCAGUGGGACACAUUUAUUACUUUUUAGAAGACGUUUUUCCAAAUGAGAGAGGAGGUUGCAAAAUUUUGAAAACACCAAAUUUCUUGCGCACAUUAUUUGACAUGCCUCCUGAAGAUCUUGACUACCAAAGAUUACCAGAAGAAAAUCCUGGCGGUUUCCAGUGGGGAAAUCAGAACGCAAAUCAAAACCAAGAAGAUGCUAGACCAGCAGAUGAAAAUAAUCAGGACCAAGACAAUGUGAAUCGAUAAAAUUGAUUACUAUUAAUUUUUAAAGGCGUAUGCAGAAAAUUCGUUCAAACUUUAUGAUGUUAAAACAUUCUUAAUUUUUUUUUAAAUUAUUUUUCAGCUUGUAAAGUUUCCUGCAUAAGUCUUAUUAUGCUUUAAAACUUUUUCUACUGUACAAACUAUAGGUGUUUAAAAAAAAGUAUAAAGAUUCUAUUUCCUUAUUAUAAUAAUGAAAAUAUUGUGUAAGAAUAACGAAACGUCAAUCCUUUUGUUAAUAUUUUUCUCUUAUU